AUGAGAGGUUACGGCGGCGGCUAUAGCAGCUAUGGUGGAGGUAGCUAUGGUAGAAGCAGUUAUGGAAGUAGCUAUGGUAGUAGCAGGUAUGGUGGCAGCAGUAGCAGCUAUGGAGGACGGUCAUCAUCGAACAGAUAUUCAGGAUACUAUACUUCACCAAAGACGCAAUCAAAUAACACGAGGUAUAAUCAAACUUCUCAACAGCCACACUCCGGUAGCAACAACUACUCAUCAAAGCAACAGCAACAAGCAAGCAACAAUUAUUAUGGCUCAAACACUGGUCGGCAGCACCAGCAGACUCAGCCAAGUCAGAAUUACUCUCGGUCUCAGUAUAAUCAAGGAUCCUCCAAUAACAAUUCAAGAUAUAACAAUGGCUCUAGACAGAAUUACUCCGACUCCAACUCGAGAUAUAGGUACAAGAAUCAAACCGUAAAGAAUCAAACGAUUAAUCAAAAUAUUAAUGUCAAUCAACAACCACGUGGGAGGUUUGGUCGGUUUGGUGGUGGGUUUGGUAGAAUGAUGAAGUGGCCAUUGAUGUUUAUGAUGUUUGACAGGUUUAGAAGGCCAAGACAUGAACCAAUGCCGCCUAUGCAGCAACCACAACCACAACAUCCACCCAUUAUUAAUGUAUACAAUCCACCCCCUAAUCAACAACAGCAGCACCAACGGAGUGCAAAUGACCAACCUAAUGACAAGGUAGAUAAUGAAGUCAAAAGUGAUGAAGAAGCUAUCGUCAGUCAAGGAGCUGUUAAGCCAUUCGAUGAUAAGCCGAUGACUCGUGAUACAAAUUUAAGUCCAAGACAACCAACAACAUUAGGCCCCAACAAGAGCGAUUCACAAUUGGUUGAUGAUACAGCUACCAGGGUCAAAAUCACCAGAUCCAAAACUGAUCCUAAUCGAUUACGAGAAUUAUCACAUACACCAACUACAGAACCAGUCAGUAGCAAUGCAUCAAGUGCUAGAGUUAUUGAUGAUGCAGAUGGGGAUGAUAUUCAAGAACUUCGUAGUUAUCACACUAAUGAAGUUCACAAUUUGCAAACAAGAUCAAGAUCUAGUAACAAGGACUUACUGAGAGGGUAUUCCAAUCAAACUAUUGGGUUGCAGAGUAUACUUCGACAAUCUCCUCCGCAUGAAGUAUGA